AUGGCACUAUACGGAACCUCUGAUGCUCUGAUGUGCAUAGCGUUUCCCACCACUCUGAGAGGGCUGGCCCACACGUGGUAUGGCGGCUUGAAGACCAGAACGAUCGCUUCCUUCGACCAGCUCGUCAAGGACUUCGAGCUCCACUUCAUGGCCUAUGCGUGGCCGAAGCCUUCCGCAGUGCUUCUCCUCAGACUCAACCAGAGGGAGGACGAGCCUCUCUCCCAUUUUGUGAAUCGCUUUACAACACAAAUUCGGGGGUUGCCGGACGCUCAUCCCUUUUUGUUAGUGCAGGCGUUUAUGAUAGGCCUGCGACCUUCCAGAUUAUGCUGGUCCCUCAUGGAGCGACCCCCCACCAUAGUACCAGAUAUGCUCCAGCGAGCUAACCAGUACAUCGCGACGGAGGCCUGGGUGGCCAUAAGGAGAAGGAGCAACUUUUGGCAGCGGGCUCCAUAG